AUGGCACAAACAAGAAACAGACCACAACGAGAGCAACCUUCCUCCUCCAUAGAUUAUGAUGUGCUGCCUUCUUCUCAGACGUCAGCCACUACUGGACAGAGGACCACUCUAACUGUUUCCGAUCCACCUCUACGUGAUCGACCUGCUCAAGAAGAUGCCAACAAUCCCUACCUCAUGAGCACUGGAGACCACCCAGGUGUGAUCUUAGCUUCUCCACCUCUCACGGACACCAACUUUCAACAGUGGGCUCAUGACUUCAAUCUCUAUGUGGGUGCGAAAAACAAAACUGGCUUCCUCACUGGAACCAUUCCCCAACCCUCUUCCGAUCACCAUUUGUUUGAUUCUUGGAGUAGGUGUAAUCAAAUGGUUAUGUCUUGGAUUAUCCACUCAGUUUCACCAGAAAUCAAGAGUAGUAUCAUCUAUCUUGAUUCAGCUGUUGCAAUGUGGACUGAGUUAAACACAAGAUUCAAUCAAGGAAAUGGGCCUCGCAUCUUUGAUCUUCGGACAUCCCUCAUAUCGUUUCAACAAGGAGAUGAUUCAGUCAGCGCCUAUUUCACUAAACUGAAAGCAAUUUGGGACAAGAUUAAUGAACUCCGACAAAGAACGCCAUGUACUUGUGCUGCUGCCAAUGAUAGUCUUAAGCUACAGAAUCUUUAG